AUGACGACGGUUAAGCCAGUGCUUCGCAGAAGCCACACGAAAUCAAAGUUUGGCUGCCAGGCGUGUAAGCAGCGGCACGUCAAAUGUGACGAAUAUCGCCCAACCUGUCACAGAUGUCUUUCUUCCAAAAUACCGUGUAAAUAUCCUGAUCAGCCUCCAGAGGAAGAGCCUGAACAGGAGACUCCUUCGCUCUGGUGGCCGGAAGACAUUGAAAAUGCAUGCAUAGAAUGGAAAGAAACGGGACAACCGCCAUUCAUGUCUCUAGCUCCUUCACUGAGCUGGCACAAUAUGGAUAUGAAGGACUUGCGGUAUAUCUACAAAAUGGCUUUGGUCGCGAAUAUUCUCGAGCUGAGCAAUACGAACGAUAUCUGCCUUUUAUGGGGUGAAAUGGGCGUGCUAUUUCAACUCGCAACACAAUUCGACUUUGUUGCGCAUACCUUGGCCGCGACGUCAGCACAACGACUUGCAGUAACUACAAAAUCACACGAGGCCUCCUUAGACGCGUUCCACUACCGGAAGCAGGCCCUUCAUGGACUGUAUCGGGCCAUGGGCAGCUUUUCCAAAGAAAAUGCUGAUGCGAUCUUGGCGGCUUCUCUGGGAUGUUCAUACAUAAUGUCGGACUCGCGCUCCUUAAUGACCCUUGCGGGAAACAUCUCCACUGUAAGCCUCGAGAGCAUCGUCCUGUCUACAACACCGCUCACAAUAGAGCAGGUGGCGAAUCGAAUGAAGCCUUGGCUGGAGCGGUCAGCCUUCCACAGGAUCUUCACAUAUGAGCUUCCUGACCCCGAGAACGAAGAACAGGCAGCGGCAACGCCUCCGGAGACUGGGGAUGUCGAGCACCGCUUCGCCAUUGUCAAGAAACUCCUAGCUGAAGGAGUCAACUCUGUGAACGGAUUGGCAUUCUGUUUCCAAGGCGAUCGAGAUCUCUCUGCAGUACUUCGGCAGCUCAGAGACGUGAUGCGUCUUGUCCAUGAACGACUCGGCUCCGACAUUACUGCAGAAGACCAGUAUCGAUUAAUAUAUCCCUUCACGGCAUGGUUCGUGAAGAGCCCGGCCGCAUCGUUUGUGUCUCUCAGCAAGAAGAGCCCCUACAUGCUGGUCUUCCUACUGCACAUGUAUGCAGUGGUUGUCGCGCUUACAACAGCGCUCCCAAGGAUCGACGUUCCUUUAUUCGCAAAAUAUCGUUUGAGGGCAAUACUCCAAAUCUGCAGCAUUCUGAAAGACGAUCCUGGUUUUUUAUGCCAGCGAUGUAAUGGCCUUCACGCAUACCAAGAGAUUAUGUCCUUUCCCCUGCAUAGCGUGUCUGCGUAUCAGCAACUUGGACGAGAGAAAGAGGUUCCUGGAGCAUAG